GUUGUAGUCGACAGGCUCGUCCUGAACGGACGAAAAGAUCUAAGGUGAAAAAAUAUAUAUAAACGAUAGUAUAAUUACUCGUUGAAUUAUUUGAAAUGGCUGUGGUUAACAAGUGGGAGAAUGCAUGUAGAUUGUGUUCAGAGGAGAAAAUCGAGAUGUUGCCAAUAUUUGGCAACGAAGGAGUACAACGCAAAGUGGCGCAAAAAUUACGAGCUUGUUUGCCAGUUUUAGUAUAUAAAACAGAUCCACUGCCUAAACAAAUUUGUCAGUUUUGCGCAGCACGUCUGGAUGAUAUUUAUGAGUUUAGAGAAUAUUGUCUUAAUGUUUACAAAAGUAUGCAUGUAAAAUUGUUGACUUAUAAGGAUGUUGAAUCUGUACAGAUAUUUUUUGAAGCUAUGAAAAAUUCUCCUGACCCUUGCCAGGCACAACUCUGCACAGAAAAAGUUAGAGCUCCGCCGCCAUUAGUGCCAUUACCAUCGUUACUUCCUCUUGAAAGUUCUUCAAUGCCGAAUGAAAUUAAUCGAGAGCAUCAAUCUAAUUGUUGUAUUGAGACAUUGACUGAACUACCAUGUGAAGUGGAAAUUGAAGAAGUAAACUCAGAAACAUUUCUUGGAGAUGAAACAUGUGAAAGUACAGAUUCAAAGACAAUAUCAGAGAAUGAAUUUUAUAUGGGAACAGACAAACAAACUGGUAUUAAUGUUCUUGAACAUAUGGACGAUGAAAAUGAAUUUUCCAAGGAAGAAAUUGGAACGAAAAAAGAAGAAAAACGAACUAGUAUUCUAGAACAAGUUUUGACAGGAAGUUUAACUAUGAAUGAUCGUAAGGAAUUAAAAGGCAGAGAAAAUUUAACGUCAAAGUGGUGGUGUGCACCUUGUAACAGUUAUUACAAAACAAGAGAGAGCUUAAUAAAGCACAUGCAAUUGCAUUGUCCACGUAAAUAUACGUGUAGAAAAUGUCCUAUGUCUUUUGAAUCGGUUGAAGAUUUGGCUAAACACGAAGGUACUAAUCAUUUGAAAGUUACAUUAGAUUUUGAUGAAAUAGUAAAAGAAUGUCAUCAGUGUGAUCGUAAAUUUGUUAGUUGGGAAAUGUUAAAGCAGCAUAGAAUGCGUGAUCAUUUAGGUGAAUCUAUUGCAAUAGGAAUGAAUACAUGGUGCUCCCUCUGUAACAGAUUUUUCCCUACUAUAGAAGCUUAUCACAAUCAUCAGCAGUUGCACCAAAAUAAUAACUAUAUAAUGGCACAAACACAACUUUCUAUGCAGUCUAGUAACCUUUGUAUAAUUGGUCUUGGAGAUUCUUCACGAGAGAUUAAGAAGGAACAUUCUUUUGAAAAUACUAAAUCACUUACUUGUCCUACAUGUGGAAAAGUAUGUACACAACAAAGUGCAUUGUCAAAUCAUAUGCGUAUUCACGAACCUAAAAGACAUAAAUGUGAUAUUUGUGGUCGAUCAUUUGGUUUAUUUAUACGUUUAGCAGCACAUAGAAUGAGUGAACAUAAUCAACAAUCUUCUAUGUCUCCUGUUAUGGCAUGCGUUGAACAGGAAGAAGCUUUAAAUGCUGCACGAGAAGCACGAGAGGCUAGAGAAGCUUGUACUCGUGGAGGAAGAGUCAGAACAUACUCAGAGGCAUUAGAAAGAGAUAAUAUGUUGAAAAGUGUUGAACCUUUAGCAAAACGGAAUGCUUCAAUAUAUUCGUUACAAACUAGUGGAGUAAGUAAGAAUGUUGCACGCUGUGGUAUUUGUUUACAAUGGUUCGAUGAUCAUACAACAAUGUUGAUACAUUUGCAAACUCAUUCAGACUUCUAUACAUGUAAAAAUUUCACUUGCCACAUAUGUAAAAUAUCUUUCAAAGAAAAAUGGCAACUUUUCAGACACGAGAUGUCACAUAAACGUAUCGAUACAUCUUCCUCCUACAUAUGUAAUGUUUGCAAUAAAACAUUUUUAGAUAAAAGUUUACUCAAAGCACACGAAAAGACACAUACUAUGGAUAAAACGUAUCACUGUCCAAAAUGCAAUAAACUUUUUUUCAAAGAAGUUUCAUUGCUGGCCCAUCAAUGCGCGGGUGAACCAUUAUUUCGAAAAAGGGAUAUAGCACCGAAAUCAACACAAAAUACCAAAAGAUAUAGGUGCUCUAAGUGUAACGCAUCUUUUAAUAAUUCACAAUCAAAGAACUUUCAUAUGAGAGUUCACGCAGAGAGUAUUAAUGCAGCAGUACGACAAAUAGAAAUAAAAGAAGAGGCAGAAAAUAAUAUAAUGCCAAAAUUAAAACCAGAAACGUCAUUAGAAUACAUUAUGUCUCCGAUUGAACCAAAAGUUGAGAUUAACGAAGGAAGUACACCACCUCCAGUUAAGAGAACUCUCAUCAGAACAGCUGGAGGAUAUCGUUGCGGCGUUUGCCAAUCUCCAUUUGUUUUAAGAGAAUUAGCAGUCGCACAUUUGAGAUCUGCACAUCCUGUGAUGCCAUAUCAGUGCCCUUAUUGUAAAAAACGAUUUACAACUCAAUACACAUUUACACAUCAUAUUAAGACCGAUCAUCCUGACGAACCAGAAAAGUAAACAUUAACAAAGAAAAUCAUUUUUAGUAGUAAUAAUAUUAAAUAGUAGAAAUACAACGUAUGAAAAUGCAUGUUGCCUUUCUACUAAAAAAUGUGCCUCGUGUGAUAGAUAAAGAAGAAAUUCCUAUGAAAAAUAUGAAUAAUAUAUGCAAAACUUCGAUUUUGCGAAAGCAAAGAAAUGUAUUGCAUCUAGUUUCGAUGUUCCUGUUAAAGUAGCGUGAGACAUUGCAUUGUAGGUGUUCGUUAUUAAGGAUCAUACCUGUCCUAUUCAAUGAUGUUAGCAAUCCAAAGAUAUAUAGGUAUUUUCUCUAAUGAAAAGUGUGUUCAUAUAAUAUUUAUUUAAUUUGCACUUACAACAUAGAAAGAAGACUCAUUAGUAUCAUUUAUAACAAAAUAGUACACUAUAUUUUGCCGAUAUAAUAAUAAAAACUAUUGAUUAUAGGGGAAGAAUUUGUACUUAUGCUUGAAUUAUAUAUAUGUAUGUGACUCGUAAAAGUAUAUAUAUAUAUAUAUUUAUAUAUAUAUAUACACAUGUACGUAUGUGUGUUAGUAUGUGAACUGCAAUGUCUUCUCGCCAAAAAAAAAAAAAAGAAAAAUUCGAAGAAAUAAUAGAAUAUCAUAGUUUUGGAUAGAUAUAAUUUUAUAAAUGCAACAUGAAUAAAAUUUAUGUUAUAUUCAAUAAUA